ACGAACCAAUCAGCACGCCCUCUCGUGAAUGAGUACGCGAGCUCGUCAGCCAUGGCGAGCCUAUCGCGCAACAGGAUGUCGAGAGGGCGCUCCCGGCACUCGCGUAUGGACCGAGCUACCGGCCUCGGCGCUGGAGCGAUCGACGACAACGCGCGUGAUUGCGCGCGAGGACAUGCAACCAGCCAGAGUCCCACAGUCCCCCUGAUGCUCAGUCCCAUCCGCCCACCGGCCCCGUCUCGUCCCCCUCGCACCCCUUGACCCGAUCUACACGGCAAAGCCAUGGCCCAGGCGCGAGGAGGUGACGAUCUGGGAGAAUAAUUGCCUCGCAAUCUGAUCGCAAUUCGCAGAACAAUGGACGAUUUCACAGCAGCAAAUUCUGAACGGCAUGCAGCACGGUGCGGCUGCCCAGGAUAGAGAUACCCCGUCGACCAACUUUCACCUAUCAUAUACCAGCUAGUCUCGGCCGUAUUGGCACAGGACAUUUACACUUUGACUGCCGCACUGGCUGCUCAGUCGCACGCUCUUUGUGCCGGCCUGCUUCUCUCCUUCGGUCCUUCCCGUUGUCGUCUCGUGGCCACAAAGGCACCAACCACAACAGCACGCAAACACCACGAGCAAGAAAUUCAGAUGAGACGCAAGCCGAAUCAAGAAUAUAAACGUCCUCGGCCUCUGAAAGCGUAGGGGGCUGAAAGUAAUUGGCAAUUAGAUGCUUGCAAAAUGGAAUCGUAUACUGUACUGCAGCAGCUGUAAUAAAGUUCAAAGGAGAGGACAAGGGGCCAACCAGUUCUUCUACUCUAGUCCGCCGCCCGCUGCCGCGCAGUUUGCUACGCCGAUUGAGUACCUGCUGGAAGCCUGGCAAUGGAUUCCGCCAGCGGGGAGGUCGCUUUCGAGUGCGGCUGCUUCCUGCUGUACAGCGACGGCCACGUCGAGCGUACCCGCGACAUGGACACCGUGCCGGCCUGCUUCGACGCCGACACGGGCGUCACCUCCAAGGACGUCGUCGUCGACGCCGCCACCGGCCUCGCCGCGCGGCUCUACCUGCCAGCCAUCCAGACGGCGGCGCCGUUGGCGUCCGAGCCCGGCGGCGGCGGCGCCGCGACGAAGCUCCCCGUCCUCGUCAUCUUCCACGGCGGCUACUUUGUCGUCGGCUCGCCCGGCUGCCCCGACUUCCACCGCUACGUGAACUCGCUGGUCGCCGCCGCCCGCGUCGUCGCGGUCUCCGUCGACUACCGCCUGGCCCCCGAGCACCCGCUCCCCGCUGCCUACGACGACUCCUGGGCCGCGUUCAGCUGGGCGGCGUCCGGCUCAGACCCGUGGCUGUCUGACCACGGCGACCUCGGCCGCGUCUUCGUCGCCGGCGCCAGCGCCGGCGCCAACAUUGCCCACAACAUGGCCAUCGCCGCGGGCACGAGCGCAACACCUGUUUUGGCGCGCAUCGAAGGCGUGAUCCUGCUCCACCCUUCGUUCUGCGGCGAACAGAAAUUGGAAGGCGAGGCAGAAGAGUUCUGGCGACCUAACAAGAAGAGGUGGGCGGUCAUCUUCCCCGACGCCAGGGACGGAUCGGACGACCCGAGGAUUAAUCCGAUGGCUGCCGGUGAGCCGGGCCUGGCGAAGCUGGCAGGCAAGAGGCUGUUCGUCUCCACGGCGUCGGAGGAUCCGAGGGCGCCAAGGGGCCGAGCGUACUGCGAGGCCGUGAGGGCCAGCGGUUGGCCGGGGAAGGUGGAGUGGUUCGAGUCCAAUGGCGAGGGACACGCCUUCUUCGUCUUCGAUCACGGCAGCCACGAGGCGGUUGCUCUGAUGGAUCGAGUGGUGGCUUUCGUUGCUGGCCACUGAUUGACCUCUAGGCAAUUAAGGUAGCAGGGAAGUGGUACUCGUGAAUCAUAUGUAUGCAAGUAGUUUCAAAAACUCAAAAUGAUAUCCAUAUUUUAUCAAAAAAAUUCUAAGUUGCGUCAUAUUUGAAAUAUACAAAUUCUGCCAAGUU